ACAUCAUUACCAUCUGUUGCGAAUGCAUGUGACUAUGAAUAAAGAGCAGUUUGUAGUUGUCUCCCUUCUCACGGUAGUAUAUCAUAUUUAUCAAGACUGUUUAUGUAUCUGUCCAGGCAUAUUAGCGGGAGUAUAACAACAGAACUAAUUUAAAUGUCGGCCAAAGUUGAAACCCUUAUCGAAUGUAGCUGUGUUAGUGUUGGAGAGGGUCCGCACUGGGAUGGUGAGUCACAUACAUUGUUGUAUGUGGACAUUAUUGACGGGUCACUGCAUAGAUGGUCAGCUACAACAGGACUGGAUGAAAAACAUACAUUUGAUACAUUCUGUUCUCUGGUAGUUCCAUGCAGAAAAGGCGGGUACUUAAUUUCCCUUGGAAAGUCAAUAUGUCACUUCGACUGGGAUACGAAGAAGGUCAUAAUUCUACACACAGUUGAUGAAGGGUUGGACACCAGAAUAAACGACGGAAAAUGUGAUGCAUCAGGACGACUUUGGUUUGGAACAAUGACAAUGCAGAAUGCUCAAGGCGAACGUGAACUGUACAAAGGUUCCCUGUAUAGUCUAGAAGUUGACGGUACAGUCAGAAAACACAAGGGCGAAAUCACUGUUUCUAACGGACUGGCGUGGUCGGCGGAUAACCGCACUAUGUAUUACAUUGAUUCGCACCCAAGGAAAGUGUUCGCGUAUGAUUUCGACCUUAGUUCAGGGACCUUAAGUAAUGCACGUGUUGCCAUAGACUUUGACGAUGAAACGAAACAAUUAGAGGGAUUUCCAGACGGGAUGACCAUAGAUGUCAAUGGAAAACUUUGGGUAGCUUGUUUUCAUGGCGGAAAAGUCGUGCAACUUGACCCAGUGACAGGUAACACAAUUACAUCCAUAGAAGUACCAGUAAACCGCCCAACGUCAUGCUGCUUCGGCGGCACCAACUAUGAUGAUUUGUUCAUCACGUGUUCAAGGUACAGUUUGCCAGAGGAAGAAUUAAAGCAAACACCGCUUGCUGGUUCAGUGUUCCGUGCAACUGGCCUUGGCACGAAGGGAACUCCGGCUCCGCUUUAUGAGGGAAUAAUUAAUAAAGCGAGCGGACCUGACUGUAGAAUAUGAACAUAUCUAAAGUAUAUUUAUCUAAGUAUAGUUUCCAAUUUGAAACAAUGUUAACCUUACUAAAAUGAGCAUAAACUUAAAACGUGCGUGGACAGAGAACAAUAUAGAUAUAUGCAUUUUCAUUUACUUUGAAUUUGAUAAUUCUUUUUAAAAAUGAGUCUUUAUACAUC